GAUCCAGCAAACUUCUACAGUGUCGACGAGCAAAAAUGAGACCCCUGUUGGCACUAUUUGUGGCAUUUUGCCUGGUGAGCGUCGCGAUCACUAAGCCACUUCCCGAAGGAGACGAAGAAGCUGCCAAUGUAACAGAAGAACCAAAGAAGGAAGAAGAUCAACCCACCGAAAAACCGGCGGAUGACGCCGAUGCUGGUGCCGAGAAGGAAGAAGGUGACGAAAAGAAGACCGAAGAUGAAGAUAAGAGUAAAGAUGCAGGAGAAGAAAAAACUGAAGACGGCGGGAACGACGCUACCAAGGAUAAGGAGGAAGAAGGUGAAGGUGGUGACGAGGAAGAUUCUCCCAAAUCCAAAGGCGGUAAAGGGAAAGGCAAAAAUGAUCCUGUCGAAACGUACAAUAAGGUCAUUGAACUACUGGACAAAACUACCAAGAUCGAUAAGGUAGACAGCAGCCAUCUACGGGCAGGCUUAGUCAAUGAUUUGCAAACAUACCUAAGGAAUCCGAUCGUUGAUGUCAUUGGAACGGUUGGUGAUUACUCCAAGAUUUCAAGUUGCUUCAAAUCAAUGGACAAUGACGUCAAGAAGAUUCUGGAAGAGGUUAUGAAGUCUUUCAAAUCAUGCAAGGACAAGAAGGACAGCAACGAACAUCAGUGUUCCUCAGAUCGUAGCACAGCUCAGGGCAAAAUUGCCAAGAUUGCUACUGCGGUAUCGUCGUGUGUUUCAUCGAAAAGGUCGUGAAUGAUUGAAUAAAAACUGCGACAAAAUUGAAUAGUUUUUGUUCUAUUGUAAAAUUAGAUAUUUUUUUCGGCCCCUCCGCACAUUAGACUUUUAACUUUCAAUAAUUUCACAUAACCGUAAUUUCUUAGCUCAGUCGGUAAAGUCGCAACUACAAAGGAAGAGCAUGCUGGAGGUGGCUGGGUUCGAUUCCCGAUCCGGUCUAGGAGUUUUUCGGGUUGGGCAAUUUCUCGACUUCCCUGGGUGUAGAGUAUAUGAUUGUACUUGCCAUACAAUUAUACUAAUGCAAAAAUGGUACAGGCAUCGAAAGCUCUCAAUUAAUAACUGUGGACGUGCAUCUAGAACACUAAGUUGAGAGCAUGAAAUGCAAAUAAAAUAGACAAUGAUUAUCAUCCGAAUCCCAAUAA